AUGGCCAAGGAAUAUCAAUUCAAUUGGCGAUCUAAGAUCCCCGAGCAACUGCUGGAAGGUGAUGUCUUCGACCGGUUCGACGACGAAACCAGCACCUUGGACCUCUCUUGCCAUGUUUAUUUUGAAGAAAGCGGGUUUUACAUUGUUUGGAAUCCAAAAGGAAAAGAUGCAGGAGUAUUGGAUCUUGUGCAGGUCAGAAAUCAUCCUUUUGUUUUGUAUCAAAAUAUUCAGGUGUGGGAGGCCAGAUCGUCAGGAACGAUUAAAGAUGCUCGGAUUCUCUAUGAUCUCGAACAGCGAGGGGCCAAGGAGCCCAUUGAGGAGAGGACGGUCUGGAUUACAUACGGCCAAGACCUGGUCAAUGUAAACAGCCUCUUCCUCAUCGCUAAGACUGCCCAGAUUGCGAAGGAAUGGAGAUUCCUUAUCAACGAACUGAUCAGAAACUACAAGUUCAGACAUUGUAAUUCCAUGAUCUCAUUACAAAAACAGUAAGUUCAACCAACAUGAUGACAUAAUAAUAUUUUCAGUUGGAAGUUUCUCUGUCUGUCCACCAAUGAAAGAGGCAAGAUCCCAUUGCGUAACAUCAUCAAGACCUUCUCCAGCGGAAAACCCGAAAGGAUGGUCCAUAAAUGUCUGACCGACUUGGGAUUGGCUGGAGAUAAGGUACUACAUACUUUAUUUUGGUGUCGUCGUUGUGGUUGUCGUGUAUUGUUAUUGUUGUGUUUUAGUUCCUGGUUACUGGUCGUGUGAUACGUGGUCGUUGGUCGCGUAGUUUCCGGGCUAUCUACAGUUGCGGUACGGCCCGGAAACAUAAACACAAGGUAGUGUUCCGUUGUGGCCAUGAUGGUGUACCUUUCGUUUAUUGGUGCUAUUCUGUACGUAAUAAACAAUUUAUAGGAGCGAGAGGAGUUGGACGUGGGUCUCUUUACAUUCGAGAAAUUCCUUCGGCUUUAUCAUAAGAUAUGCCCUCGGACUGAAGUUCAAGAACUUUUUGUUAAAUUGUAAGUUUUAUUUUAUAGCUUUACAUGCAUACAUGUAAUCAUACUCACAAUUAUUUUUUUUGUCAUCGUUUUCUUUACAGAUCUGGGCAAAAAGAGUAUUUGACCAGGGAUCGGUUGAUAAACUUUCUAAAUGAAGAGCAACGAGAUCCCCGGCUAAACGAAAUCCUGUUCCCCUUCUUCGAUCAUGAACGAGUUCAACAACUCAUCGCUAAGUAUGAGACCGAUGAGAGUUACAUUAGUCAAGGAAAGAUGUCGGGUGAUGGAUUUCUGAGGUUUCUAAUGAACGAUGAGAACUCUCCUGUUUUCCUAGAUCGCACAGAAUUGUACCAGGACAUGGAUCAGCCAUUGUGUCACUAUUACAUCAACAGGUAUUUUAUUCUGACCCAUCAUGUAUUUGUUAUUUUAGCUCCCAUAACACUUACCUUACGGGCCGCCAAUAUGGUGGAAAAAGUUCGACGGAGAUAUAUCGACAAGUCCUUCUAUCCGGAUGUCGUUGUAUAGAGCUUGACUGUUGGGAUGGAAACGGUGAAAACAAGGGCGAGCCCAUUAUUACACACGGUAUGGCAAUGUGCACGGAUGUGUUCUUCAAGGUAAGUUGGGUUUAUUCAUGGCUUUACCUUAAAUUUAGGAUGUUCUGUACCAAAUCAGGGAUACAGCUUUUGCUCGGACAGAUUUCCCGGUGAUUUUGUCUUUCGAGAAUCACUGUUGUCGUUCAAAUCAGCUGAAAAUGGCCAAGUAUUGUAUGGAAAUCUUUGGAGAUAUGUUACUUUCGCAGCCCUUGGAGGACUUCCCAUUAGAACCUGGAGUUCCUCUGCCAUCUCCCAACCGUCUAAGACGAAAGAUUUUGAUUAAAAACAAAAGAUUAAAGGCUGACAUUGAGAAGCAUCAGAUGGAGCAAUUCUUGAGAGAAGGCAAACUGGAUGAGGAAGACGAGAUCAGUGAAACCCCUGAGGUCAUAGGAAUGGGGGAGGAGACCGCGGCAUCACGUAAGUCUAGCCAUCGCAGAUAGGGAAGAAGGCACUGCUUGAAGGCUUCAUGUUAAAGUCUAGGGAAGCACUCGGGUCACCCUCUUAUCAUUUACCUGGGUUCUGCACACGCCCCUUCCCCCCGAUUAUUCCCCUGUUAAAUUGUGCCUUGUGAGUCCUUUGUCCGAAUGUCCUAUCCCCAAUCAACCUCUCCUCUAGAACUCGAGGAAUGUGAAAUGACCGACGACGAGCACGACCGUGAAUCCGAGAACGCCUCACCAGCGCCACGUGUUGUUGCUCAGUCCUCUCAUGAUGGGCAAUUAACAGCCCUGGGGUCUCUCAAUCACCCAUUAAAUUACGGUCGCCUCACGCCUAGCGCUUCACGCACGUUCGCCUCGAUAAGUGGCCCCUGUGGCUCUAGACAGUCCUCCCCAAGGAAUUCCAUCGACUCUAAGUCCCUUUUGUUGGCCGCUUUUGGUGGGGAUGUGAGAAAAUACAGGGGAAGUCACAAGCAAUCCAGCGCCUCCGAUGUGGUGAUCGACCGUUCCAACUCGAGCCGCUCUAUUGGUGGACGAUCGCCGCGCUUCCCCUUCCGGCAUAUGACAUCCAGCAUGAAGUCAUCAUCGACCAGCUCCCCGCCAGCCGGUGGACGAAAUGGAUAUGGCUCUGGACCUGGCAGUGGAUGUUUGCCCAGCACUCCGACGGGAACAGGUGUGACGGUGUUUUUGUUGGGUAGGGUUGUAGCUCCGGAACUGUUUUGGAGACUCUGAAUCCAGACAGUUCUGGCGCGAUUCUACUCGGUCGUCGUGAUUGUGGUCGUUGCAAUCGUUGGUCCUCUUUCUGUUCUUGCACUGUGCUAGUAACUGCUCUUUCCGUUUUUGGUUCUCUAUAGUGAUGUGCAUCGGUUAUUUUCAGCCUCUGAUCAGCGUGCUCAUCCUGAACAGGACCAUUUGACCCCAGUCCAGGAGAACGUUCGACCUCAAAUCGGUUUGUUUUCUUACCUUUUGGUUCUUGAUCCUUCGUUUCCAACCAAUUUUCCCUUCCACAGCACCUAUUAUAACAAUAAAUGGGAUAACAUUUCGAGUUUACUAAUACAUAAAUAUCUCAAUCAACCUUUCCAAUAUUCAUGAUCUUACUCUAUUUUCAGGAGAACUUAAAAUCCCGGAUGAAGCUCAUCCCGAGCUAAAGCAGACCAAUUUUAUCUCAAAACUAAAGCCGCUGGGGUUUGCCAAGAAGCAACAGGUAAGUGCUCAGCCUUCACAACGGGGAUAGGAGACGAUAAUAUGUUUGCACUUCUUCGACUCUCUUUUGUUUUGUUGAGUUCCAUAUCAUUAAACUUCAGUUCUGGUCACUAUUCUACAUUUCUUUUACGAGCACUUCUUUUUCUGUUCUCCUUCUCUGAGCUGAAUCUACUCACCGAUCUUCUCCUUCUGAACACCGUCCCGUCUCAGACAAGUCCCAGGUCGAGUUCAUAUUCAUGUAAUUGCCGGGGUAUUCAGAAGGGUUAUGCAUUCCGCAAUUUGGCCUUUUUAACUAAGCUUUCUUCCUUAUUCGUCAGCAAUGCAACCAACAACAAUGGGGAGAGCAGAUGUAUCUUGACGUGAAAGAAGCUCAACAAAGUGGCGGUGGCAAAAUGAGUAGUAUUCUACAAUUGGGACGUGACAAACGGUCGUUCCGUCGUCCCUCUGCCGAGCCAGCUGACCAUUCCAUAUCGGCCGCAUUGCUGGAUGCCGCUCCCAAACGAUCAUCUUCGCAUCGCGCCUCCAAAUCAAAAAAGGCAUUUGUUUUUUUCUUUGGUUGCUUAGUCCUGUUAUGCACUGGUGUUUUGUCCGUGAUGGUGACCGCUACCUUUUCCUAGUGUGCUUUCUUCAUGCGUGGGAUGUAGUGUCAGCCUCUGACGCUGUCUGUUUCAGCCGAUACUCACCAAGGAAGAGGAAGAGAGGAUCUUUGCUGAGUAUAAUUACACUGGCGCGACCACCAAUAUCCAUCCGUUGUUGUCGACACUGGUUAAUUACACUCAUCCAGUCAAGUUCUCCGGCUUUGAAGUUGCGGAAAGUAAGAAUCGUAAUGUGGAGGCCUAAUUAUGACUUUAGGCAAUGAUCUUCACUUUCACAUGUCCUCGUUUUCCGAAAGCACUGGCCUCGGAUAUCUGAAACAAUCAGCUCCAGAAUUUGUCAACUAUAAUAAACGACAAUUGUCACGGAUUUAUCCUAAGGGUGCGCGUGUCGAUUCCUCCAAUUUCUUGCCUCAAAUCUUUUGGAAUGCCGGUUGUCAGAUGGUCUCGCUCAAUUUCCAGACUCCAGAUGUAUGUAUGCAGCUAAAUCAGGGAAAAUUCGAUUAUAAUGGUCAAACUGGAUACCUCUUGAAACCAGACUUCAUGCGACGGCCGGAUCGGACCUUUGAUCCCUUCUCGGAAUCGCCUGUAGAUGGUGUUAUUGCUGCUCACUGUUCAGUACGGGUAAGAUAAAACAUCUCUAUGGUAGUCUACAAAAAAUUUUUCAGGUAAUUUCUGGUCAGUUUCUAUGCGAGAGGAAAGCGGGGACUUAUGUAGAAGUGGAGAUGUAUGGGCUGCCAACAGAUACAAUAAGGAAGGAGCAUCGGACCAGGACAGUACCCGCCAAUGGACUAAAUCCCAUCUACAAUGAAGAACCCUUUGUCUUCAGGAAAGUAGUUCUCCCGGAGUUGGCCGUCCUCAGAUUCGCUGUCUAUGAUGAGAGCGGAAAACAGAUAGGUCAACGGAUAUUGCCGUUAGAUGGACUCCAAUCUGGAUACAGACACAUCUCGCUCAGAACUGAAUCCAAUAUGCCCAUGACCUUGUCCACCUUAUUUGUACACCUUGUCUUGAAAACGUAUGUUCCGGAUGAAUUGAGUGGACUGGUAGAUGCCUUGGCCGAUCCUCGAGCAUAUCUAUCAGCUCAAGAGAAACGCAAAGAAGCAUUACAUAACAUGGGCGUCGAUGACAACGACAUCGUCGAUAUCGUCCCAUCUUCAUCUCCCAAUUCCACAAAUAAGAAGGAUUUGAAUAAGAGUAAUCGACAAGAUGCGAAACAGAAAGCGAAUGGUGCGUCAACUCCUCAACAAGCCCCCGAAGCCCGUCCUUCUACAACAACAUCCUCGCCCAUUGUUGGAGGUGCUAAUGGAAAUCAAUCAGCCAGGGUAGCAUCAGAAGUUAAUCCAGAUAACCGAUACAAGGUAAGUACUAGAAACUUCAGCCUCCGACCAAACAAAACUUUCACAAGCACCUAAAAAACGAUAAUUUAACUCAUUAAAUUUGCUCUCUCAGACAUAUUCUGGAGGCCGAAGGGGGUCGAAUGAAUUGACUGUGCAUGUGGGUACUGGUCAUCUAAGACCUCCCAGCCCUAUUCCCGGCAGUCCAAGACUAGAAGGGGCCAGGCGUCGCUUCUCCCGAGCUUGUAGCCUUUUCCGCUCUACCGAGGUAGCUAAAAAACAAUGUCGUCAUCCCGUUUUUACAGUUAACCCGUUUCUAAAAUUUUUAUCCGUUUUUAUUUUUUGUUGUAAACAUAAUAUGUUAAUGUUAUUAGACAGGCCUUACUGCUAAAUUGGUUACCGUAAGCGUGAACCUUGCCCCUCUAAUUAACCGAAUUUCAGUCAGAUCCAAUAAAUCUGAAUGACUUGAGGAAGGAGAAAAGCUUCGUCAAAUUAAACAAGAAGUUCCACAAAGAAUUAGACGAGAUGAAGAAAAGACAUCAGAAACAGAGAGACGCCAUACAACGACAACAACAGAUGACAAUCGACAGAAUGGUCGGGGAUUCAGCCAGGGACUCUAAGAAGAAAAAGAAGAAUGCCAGCUCCAAUGGAAGUAGACAUGCCUCUUUAUCCAAUAAGGAUUCUGAUUCUCAGAGUGGGAUUCAGAUCGAUCAGAGGAUGAGGUCUUUGGUUACAACUCAGACCGAUGAAUGGUCAGCUUUGGUCAAAAAACAACAACAAGAGGAGUUCGAACAACGGAAAUGUCACAUAAAAGAAGAAUUCGAAUUACUCAAGUCAGUUAACAAACACAUUAUAAAACUCUUUCUAGAAAGCUACUAAUAGACAAUCAGAAAGUCCAAAUCACCGUCCUCUCCAAGAAAUAUGAUGAGGAUAUGAAAAAUAUGAGGCUGAAUCAGACCAAGAAGUCCAUGGAGGACACCAAAGCUCUACAACAAGUAAGAAAAUUUACUCGAUCUUAAAAGACGAUUUCUGAGUCAGUGAAUCAGCCGCCAGUUAGCCGUGGACAUAGGAAAAAAUCGAUUUUGAGUUUUUUGCAUUAAAAUGACUGUUGGAAGGGGCUAAGCAAAAGCGAACAAUAUUUUUUCCCAAAUCCUUCGUUAAGGUAUAUUUUUUUACAAUUAACUGUUUUAGAAGUAAUCGCCUCUAGUUGUGGUAUCUUGCCUUACAGUGCAGUGAUUUGACGGCUACUGUAGUUUUUGACCCUUGCGAACACGAUGGAGUGAUUAUUUUUCCCGGUUUCCUACUGUAACAUACCGUAAUACCGUAUCGACCGCUAAAAAACGGUCGUAAAAUCUUUGUUUCUAAAAACCCCCAGCUGAUUUUUUGAUAUGUUAAUCAGCGUAAAAUUCUGCUCUAGACCCAGUCAAAAAAAGUGCAAAAAGUGGUGCGACAAAUUUCGUGGUGUAGUGGUUAGUGGGCGGGACUACCAUUCCAGCGUCCCGGGUUCGAUCCCGGCUGGGUGCAAAUGUCAAAAAAAUGCCGCAAAUCAAUUUUAAUGUAAAAAUAAGGAAUGUCCGAAGAACAAAAAGCAAUUUUAAAUGAUUAUGACACUUCUGUUUUCUAGUAAACCCGGUUUAAUGUAAUCUUAGCGGCUGAAAACGGAAAAAAUAAAAGUGCUUCAAAUGUGAUAAAAUUUAUAGAUAUGGUUCUACAGGUUAUUAUAAGAAACUUUUCAGUUAGUCUUUUUUUGUAACUUACAGUAUAACGGAUUACUGUAGCAUAAUGCAGAAUUUCGUAUUUUGCGUUCUACAUGGCGAAAGAGAGCUGGAAGUAAAGUCAUAAUGUGCAGAAUUAUUACCAAGAAGCUUAUCUGUGAGAAAAAAAUAUUUUUUAUGGCAGGAUGAUUUGGUAUACCUGAAUAAUCUUUCACCGUAUUAGCGAUCAACGAUGACGUCAGAACAUACUCAAAAUAAUUUGGAAUUUUGUUUCGGAUAACGAAAGGCGACUUUUUUUGCUGGCAGAGCGGUCUAACAAAAAACCCCAACCUUUUUUCAAGAACAUCGAAGGGAAAAUCGAUUUUUUAUAAAUAGUUUCAUGUUACAGUAAUCCGUUAUACUGUAAGCUACAAAAAAAGACUAACGGAAAAGUUUCUUAUUAUAACCUGUAGAACCAUAUCUAUGAAUUUUAUCACAUUUGAAGCACUUUUAUUUUUUCCGUUUUCAGCCGCUAAGGUUACAUUAAACAGGGUUUACUCGAAAACAGAGGUGUCAUAAUCAUUUAAAAUUGCUUUGUGUUCUUCGGACAUUCCUUAUUUUUACAUUAAAAUUGAUUUGCGGCAUUUUUUUGACAUUGGCACCCAGCCGGGAUCGAACCCGGGACGCUGGAAUGGUAGUCCCGCCCACUAACCACUACACCACGAAAUUUGUCGCACCACUUUUUGCACUUUUUUUGAUUGGGUCUAGAGCAGAAUUUUACGCUGAUUAACAUAUCAAAAAAUCAGCUGGGGGUUUUUAGAAACAAAGAUUUUACGACCGUUUUUGAGCGGUCGAUACGGUAUUACGGUAUGUUACAGUAGGAAAGCGGGAAAAAUAAUCACUCCAUCGUGUUCGCAAGGGUCAAAAACUACAGUAGCCGUCAAAUCACUGCACUGUAAGGCAAGAUACCACAACUAGAGGCGAUUACUUCUAAAACAGUUAAUUGUAAAAAAAUAUACCUUAACGAAGGAUUUGGGAAAAAAUAUUGUUCGCUUUUGCUUAGCACCUUCCAGCAGUCAUUUUAAUGCAAAAAACUCAAAAUCGAUUUUUUCCUAUGUUUUAAGAUCUUCGAAAAAAUGAUUUCUAGUUUUCAAAAAUCUUUUACCAAAAUGUCUUCAUCGAUUAAUUUUAACGUACAUUAUUGAUUAUUCUUUUUUGCUUUUUUGCGAAUGUGCAUCCUGGAUGUUAAUGUCCUCUUUUCAGGAUCGUAACAUGAGCAAGGCCGAGCGAGAUCGAAGAAUCCGAGAGUUAAAUGAGAAAAACGUUAAAUUAUUCAUGGAAGAACGGAAACGACAUCACAUGAAACGAGAACGGAACAUCCAACAGACAGUGCAGAAGCACAUUGAACAGAACGAAGCCCUUGAAAGGGAGUUUCGUCAAGUGAGUGAUGAAAACAAGAAAUUUUAUAUUGUACAUGACCUCAUAUAUCAAUUCUUUGCUUUCAGAGCCUACAGCAAGAGGAGAUGAACCAACAAGAGUCCAUUCUUGCUGCCAAACCCGAGUCAGUGGUCUAA